UCUGAACAGGCCCAGGUGAGGGACCAGUAUAGGUCUCUACAGCCAUGUUCUUCCCCUGUGCUCUGAAAAUGGGAGUUUCACAUCCUUUCCAACUUAUGUCUAAAUCCUAAAUCACAUCAAGAACCAUGCCUUCCCUCCCCUCACCCAACCAUUCAUUCAAUCAGCCAUCAAAUCGUUCUGCCAAAACUUCACAUUUCUCAUUGGCCUGUCUCAUAGAGCUCUUCCUCCAUUUUUUGCUUCUCCUUCUGGGUGGUUUUCAACCUUGGAUACACAUUGGAAUUACCUGGGGAGUACUUGAUGCUUGACUUCCAUCCCAGAGAUUCUGAUUUAAAUGGUCUGAAAUAUGGCCUGUGUAUCAUGAUUUUAAAAAGCUCUCCAAGUAAUUCUAAUGUACUUACAAGGUUUAGACUCAUUAGUCUUAAAAAUAAUGUGAUCAAUGUUCCAUCUAAUUCAUUAAAGGAAAGAGAGCACUGCUAAUCAUGUUCAUCUGUUUGUCAGGAAAAAAAUUAAAAAACUUGAAUUAGAACCAUAGGAUUUUAAGUAGAUAUUUGGUUAGGAUUGUUGUCUAUAAAGAGUUUCCAGGGAAGAAGAUGAAGAUGGCAGUGGCCAGGGGAUGGUCCUGUGAGACUGAGGGCUAUAGAGGGCAGGGUGAAAUACGGUAUCUUUGGGAGCAUGGACAGCUCCUACAUCAUGAAGGACGUGCUCCCAGGGCCCUACCCCAAGGCCCUAGAAGAACAAGUAACCAUAGCCAAGAAGUAUAACAUACAGGUGGAAGAUGAGGAGCCCUGGCUGGAUGAUGGCAUAGGAUAUGGCAACUACCUGAAGUUCCCUGACAGUUCACAGCAGGAGAGGGAUCCAUGGUGUGACUGGGACCACCCAGACCUGAUGUUGAACUGGGGUGAACCAAGGCUCUGGGACCUGGGUGUGUGUAUCAGAAAACGUAUGGAUGCGUCCUCCAUGCCCGUUUCUUGGAAUCUCACAUGUAAGCAGCUCCGCAGCUUCACGGCCUUCAUGACAUUCAUGUUUUGGAUGUGGGGAGAAUUAUACCACUCACCUGCCCAUGUGUGGAACCAAAGCUGCAUCCUUAUACUGAUCGGCAACUGGAAGUGGUCUGCAAUCCCACCACAGAGAGAGAGCUGGUGGUUCAUCAUGAGAUCUGGGGAGGCUUUGUUCCCCGUAAGUGGCUCUCUCAUCCCUGGAGAUUGA